AUGGUUUUACUCCUUUCAGUGCUCUUCGGCAUACAGGCGCUGGGCUCCUGGGCUGCCGCUCCUCCUGCCAGAGCAGCACCGACUGCAUUGCUUUCCCCCGCCUGCCAUGACACUGCAGUAGAGGAGGCUGCAGACCUGGCUCUUCGCCAGACCAGUGCUGACUGAAAAGAGGACUACAUACUCGGUCUCUACCGAAUUUUCAGUGUCUGAGAACAUCCUCGGGAGAUUACUGGUUCUGUCUUCUAUCUCAUCUUGGAUGUAGUAGAUACCGAAUGCCAUGUACUCAGCAAAAGGUUGUGGAAGAACUGUACAACCAGAUUUGCUCAUAACACUGUUUAUGGUCAAUGCAAAGCAACUAUCUACAUUAAUCAGGCAAGAAAUAUUGCUCAUCUGAAUACUUAUGAGUGCAUUUUGCAACCAGUUCCCCCCAGAUACAUUUGCAGUGUAUGCCCUGACUGCCCAGUUGAUGACUGUACAACUGAGCCCAGAUAUUUGGAGGCUGCUGUUCAAAGCCUUGCCAAGUUCAAUGAAGAGAGUGAACAAACUCAUUACUUCUCUGUCCUCAAUGUCACAAGAGCUUCAAUGCAGUGGGUUGUUGGUCCUGCAUAUUUUGUAGAGUUUUUAAUUCAGGAGACAUCCUGCUCCAAAAGUGACAUAAUUGCUGACAUCUCCAAGCCACUUCCAUCGGAUCUGGCUGUCAGUUUCUGCAAAGGCUUGGUAGUAAACAGUGACUUGGAAUAUAAACAGUCUGUCAAAAUAUCCUGUGAAAUCUUCAGUUAGCAGGAUUCUGCCACUGAAGAGGGGAAACAGCAAGCUAAUCAGACACCUGGAAAAUCCAUCCAGAAUCAACAAGCUUCCCCUUCAGAAACCAAUCCUUUCUCCUCACACCUAGAAAAAACAGUGGGGUGGGUUAAAAUUCUACCCCCUUCAACUGAGGAUAUCUCUUUCCAAAACUCACCAGAAAGUCAAAAGGAAAAUAAAGAUGGAACACCAGUUCCACCUGAGGCUACAGCCUCGGUGGGAUCUGCACCCAGUCUUAAUGGAGAAAAGAAUCAAGAAGACAAAUCAGACUUGAACAAACCAGACACUGGACCAGUUAUUCUCCCUUUUCCAGAAGAAUUUCUCUCAGACACAUGCCCAGGAGAAGCAAAGGUGGUAAAUUCCAUCCUUCAGUCUUUGAUACCUAAAAAGCCUACCAAAGCCUAA